AUGUUGAACACGCGCAAGAAGCUGGUGAAGGACAAGGGCGCUGCGCCCACAGAGCUUGACCAGGAGGUUGCAAAGGCCUUGUUCGACAUCGAGGUGUCUCCUUCGUGCGACAUCAAGGCUGACCUCAAGGACGUGUACAUCAGUGGUGCCAAGGAUGUGGAGGUCAAGCACGGAGUUGCCAUGGUGGUGCACUUUCCAUUCCGUGUGUGGAAGACGGUGAAGAAGAUCCAGGGCCGCCUGAUCAGAGAGUUGGAGAAGAAGUUCACCAGGAAGCACGUUGUGCUUGUGGCCAACCGUACCAUCUUGGACAAGAACUUCAGACGCAAAGGCCUGAAGGUGAGGCCUCGCAGCCGAACCCUGACGGCAGUGCACGAGUCCAUCUUGGACGAUCUAGUGGGACCGACCGAGAUCGUGGGCAAGCGCACGCGCAUCUCAGUUGAUGGCAGCAAGCUGCUGAAG